AUGACGAACCAAGAUAUGUCGCACUGCACUACCAUAUUUCGAGUAUCCCGGCCCCAUCGAAUCACCCGCAACCGGCCAACCGUGUCUUGCUCCACCUGUCGGGCUCGGAAGUUGAAAUGCGAUAGGCAACAGCCUUGCGGAGCAUGCCAGAAACGAGGCCACGAGGACUUAUGUCGCUUCGAGACUGCCCCAAAGCAGCAGCUCGCCAUCUCUUCAUCGGCGGCAAUGAUAAUCAAAUUAGAAUCGAGCUGA